CCAACUCAGACUUAUUCCAACUUGUUUUGACUGACAGUGAGGGAAGGGAGACCUUCUGAGGGUUUUUUUUUAAACCAUGCACAUGUGCUUUGUUGAAAAGAUAUCCAGUCUUUUCUAAAAAAGAUUGUUUGACUUGUCAUGACGAUAACAUCUAGUAAGGAAUCUGAACAUUGCUCUUCUACAGGUCUGCAGUGUGCUCUGCAGUGUGGUGAACAAAGGAAAGGAAAACUUUAGAUCUUCUCUGAAUGAUUUCAGAUCUAACAGCAAGCGAGGCAUGAUGCCACACAAACGAGCUUGGAGUCCCGACCAAGCACUGUGGGCUCAGAUAUCAUGCACCUUCAUCCACGGGCAGAACCAGAGUAUUCCCACAGACACUGGAACUCUCUCACAUUUCUGCUCUGAAACAACAGCAGGAAGUUCUGUUGUUGGAAACGACUAUAACAUGCACUGUCCUUGCUCUACGUAACCACUGUCUAGUCCUGCAAGCCAGAUCUUGUUACUUGCCUCAUGAAACUGGCACAGGCAACGUUUUGCUUCACUCUGUGGGCUUUGUUCAGUCCUGAAUGUCCGCACACUUAAUCUUCAUCCUGACUGAAGUGGGAUGCACAGUAAACAAACUUCAAGAGUCGGGUGGUCCAAUGAUUGCUGGGUGUGCACAGGACUGAAGCACUGAGAAUGGAAGCCACACAGAUUAAUAUGUCACGUGUCCCACUGGUUAAUGGAGGCAUCAACACUGCGCUCAAGGCACAUAGACCACGUGUGAUGUCCAAAAGCGGUCACAGCAAUGUGCGGAUAGACAAAGUUGAUGGCAUUUACCUACUCUACCUUCAAGAUUUGUGGACUACAGUUAUAGACAUGAAGUGGAGGUACAAACUCACCUUAUUUGCUGCUACUUUUGUCAUGACCUGGUUCCUCUUUGGAGUUAUCUACUACGCCAUUGCAUUUCUUCAUGGAGAUUUAGAAAUAAACAAGUUCACCCCAAAACGUGAGCCAUGUGUCAAGAACGUGGACUCUCUGACAGGGGCAUUCCUCUUCUCUUUGGAGUCGCAGACGACCAUCGGCUAUGGAUUUCGUUUCAUUACAGAGGAGUGUCCUCAUGCCAUUUUCUUACUUGUGGCCCAGCUGGUCAUCACCACCUUGAUUGAAAUCUUCAUCACAGGUACCUUCCUGGCCAAAAUUGCAAGACCUAAAAAAAGGGCAGAGACUAUUAAGUUCAGCCAUUGUGCUGUCAUUACUAAACACAAUGGAGAACUUUGUCUGGUGAUUAGAGUAGCAAAUAUGAGGAAGAGCCUUCUGAUACAGUGUCAGCUGUCUGGGAAGCUUCUUCAGACAUAUGAAACUAAAGAAGGGGAGAGGAUCUUGCUGAACCAAGCCAGCGUCAAGUUCAAUGUUGACUCCUCUUCAGAGAGUCCUUUUCUCAUUUUGCCUUUAACCUUCUACCACAUUUUGGAUGAAAGCAGCCCUUUAAGAGAUCUCACGCCUCAAAAUCUCAAGGAGAAGGACUUUGAGCUUGUGGUGCUCCUGAAUGCCACAGUGGAGUCCACCAGUGCCGUCUGCCAAAGCAGGACUUCCUACAUCCCAGAGGAGAUCCACUGGGGCUAUGAGUUCGUGCCUGUGGUUUCUCUCUCUCCAAAUGGAAAGUACGUUGCUGAUUUCAGUCAGUUUGAGAAGAUCAGGAGAUGCACAGAUUCUACUUUUUAUAGUAUGGACUCUGAAAAACAAAAGCUAGAGGAGAAAUAUAGGCAGGAGGACCAGAGAGAGAGGGAACUGAGAACAAUGUUGCUACAGCAGAGCAAUGUUUGAUUGAAUGGACAAAAUAUCCUGAUCAGUCCUUUUCCCAAACUGAAAAAAGCAUCCUCUCUGUGCUGUAUGUCAGCUAUGAAACUAGCAGUGGAGUCCUUUUCAGCAAAUAGCUUUGGUGUAGAGUAAACCUAUCCCUUUGUUUGGCUAAGUUGCUAAUCAAGUAUUUUCUAAUUAGGUGGGAUUCCUUUCCUCAAUAUCUUGACUUAACAAAGUUGGAUUUGUUUUAAGUCUCUGCUUAUACCAUCGGUAAAAAAAAGACAAUCCACUUCCUGUUUGAAAAGUGAAACUGGAUACACUGCGCUGAUUUUUUUCAAAUAUUUAUUUGACAUGGUUUUACUGUGAACACACAAUUGCAGAGACAGCAUGCAGUACUGCCAGUAGAAAAUAUGCUCCUUUAAAAUGCAUAUUCUCAUAUCAGGUAUUGCCUUAAUGGGGAUUCCUGGCAUUGAAAAUAAAGUGAUGGGAGAGAAAAAUGGUCAAAUAUGGCAAGAGCCUGUAGGGAGAUGGUAAACUCCUUUACAUCUUGAAGGAGGGUGAGAGAGUAGUUUUGUUGGGUGGUGAUGAAGGGAGCUCUCUGUCUCUGCUAUUCAAAACUUGCUUUGUGAUCACUCACUUUUUUAACCUUGUUAAUGGCUGAUUUAAAUAUAAUAGCUAAGAAGGGGAGAUGAGGUCAAGUUACACAGAAUCAUAACAGUAAUCAACUAAGGUUAAAGCUGGCUUUGAGACACCUGUUUUUUACCCAAUGUAAAUAGUUUGUAAUAGCAGCAUAACGAUACAUUUCUACAGAUUGCUUGCUUUGCUAUAGACUGUAUUUAAUUUUGGUUAAAAGAAAGCUGUAUAAUGUCUGUAGACAAUAUUUACUUUUUCUGGCAGCCAUAAAGGACAAGCAUUCCUUUCAUUCAUUUCAUUUUUGGUCUAUUAAAACCAUUCCAUUAAUAAAGGAAUUUAAUUAGA